AUGUCACACUUUGAUACUUUGUCCAGGACUACGUCCAGGACUGCCGGAUCCACAGUCUCUAGAAACCAAUCUUUGAUCAAGAAAAACACUGCUCCUCAUGAACUCAAACCUUCUGAUAUCCUCAUUGAGCGAUUCACUGCUUGGAAACAGAUCGUUAAGAUGCUCAUCUCCUACUUUGAGGGUGUCGCUGAUAUCGAAGCCAACACAUCUAAAGAACUCACCAAGCUUGGUGCCGUCAUCCAAGUCCCCUUCAGACCCGGAAACCAAUUCUUAGGUGAAGGUGGUAUGCAAGAUGUCUUCUACACAAUCCGAGACAAAACCCGAGUCAUCGCCGACUCUCACUCUUCUCUCGCCCGAACCAUUGAAUCUUCCAUCGUUCAACAUUUGCAAAAGCUCAGAGCCGAGAUCAAGGCUCACAUCAAGAAUGUACAAAAUGACACCGGAAAGCUCGCUGCAUCUGUCGCCAAAGAGAGAGAGAUGUCCACCAGGGCCAUUGCCGAUCUCCAACGAGCCAUUGGUGCCGUUACUCACACCCCAAUGCAAGUCUCCGCCAAGGAGGAUCCAUUCGCCGUAAACCAAUCUGUUCACAAGCAACUUCAAAAACAAGUUAACGAGGAAAACUCCCUCCAAAAGUCCAUCAUCAUUAUGCAACAAAACUCUGCCCACUUCGAAGAGGGUAUUGUUCGAUCCAUUCAAUCCGCUUGGGCCACAUUCGAUGAAUGGCAAACCAGAAUGUCCAGCUCUGUUCAAGAGACCUGGAGACAUCUUGGUGUCAACAUGGCUCAACUCAUGCCCGAUAGAGAAUGGGUCUCAUUCGCUGCUCGAUCUGAUCAUUUACUUGAUCCCGAGACUCCUCUACGAAACCCUGAACAAAUUGACUACCCCGGUAAAAACGAUCCCGCUGUCACUCCUGUCCACACUGGUUUACUCGAAAGGAAGAAGAGAUUCACCAAGACUUACAAGGAAGGAUUCUAUGUCCUUACUCCCGCCGGUUACUUGCACGAAUACGCUUCAUCCGAUCCUACUACUGCUACUCACCCUGUCUGGUCUUUGUUCUUACCCGCUUGUACUCUUGGUCCUCCUUCUUCAGCCACUACAGCCAAAUCUCACAAAUUCCACAUCGAAGGUAGAAAAGACGGUACUUCUGCUUACGGUAAAACACCUGGUGGUCGAGGUCUCUUUGGAGGUUCAGAAACUGCUUUCACCUUUAGAGCUAGAAGUCACGAGGAAAUGAUGGAAGUCUGGAACGACCUCCGAAUGCUCGUAGCUCGAUACUUGGUUGCCAGUGAACAAAUGGAAAGACAAGGUGAUGUUGCUUACGCUGUCCGAAGUGUUGGUUACACAUCUGACCAAGAAGAGGACGAGGAAGACGAAGAUGAAGAGGAAGGCAGCUCCGUCGAAGAGGCCGAAGAGGAGGAAGAGGAAGAGGAGCAUGAAGGUGCUCAUGCUAUCGAUCAAUCUGAAGAAGUACCCGCCUAUUCUCACGGUGAAGCUGCACCAAUCGAGGUCGGUCCCAACGGUUAUGCUCUUGAUAAAAAAGAGCGACCUGAGCUCGGACCUGAAGCUCCCAUCAGUGGAGAAACAGGAACUGAGCGACAAUUGACCAGAAAGGAGGAAAAGGCGCCAGCAAGAGAGGAGCCCACAACCGGUGAGGCUCUCUCUUCUAUUUCAGUUUCAACUCCUACGGGCGAAGGUGCGGUAACCAAGGCACAUGCGGCGGAACGACCGGAGGAUUCUUUGGGUGAAGUUGUUCACGCACCAGCACCAGUCUCAGUCUCGGGCGAUUCCCCUGCUGUUGAUGAGGGUCCAGAAGAUUCUGAAACUCCCCCUGCUCACAACGAGACAUCAUCACCUAAGGGAUUACUCAGCAGAUUCACGGAGAACUUCAGUGGAGCGAAGAAAGCGUAA